ACGACCCGGUACUCGCGCGAGCUCGCGCCGGCCCGACGACAGAUACAUACACGACCGCGCGCACAGCGCACACCCAACUAUAUAGGUGCGAAGCACGCGCGCGUGCCUCCCCCCCCACCCCCUCGUUAUUGUUUGCUUGUGGCCCUCUCGAUGGCUUCUUAUUCUUCGGGGAAAGUUUCGCCCGACUGCCGGUGAUUUAUUGUACAUCUCGACGCGUAGAGACGAUAGGAGUGCACCGCUUGGCCUCGGCAGAAGAAGGAGGAGGGAAGCACCAGGUGCAAGAAAGGACCUCACGGCACUAACGAAGCGUCCACGCGAGUGAGUUUGAGUUGGGCGAGAAGCAAAAAAAAAAGAGAGAGAGAGGGAGGUCGGUGGCAGAGUCAAACUCGAAUUCUCUUUUUUUUUUUUUUUUUUUGCACUCUUCCUCUCUCGCGCGUGUGACGUUUUCCCGUGAACUAAUUCGACGGGAGAACAAAUUGGCCGCCUCCCCCGCGCUCGCCCGUAAAUCCGAGCCGGCCAGACUGGCGUCCGGCUGAUGCCGGCGCGCCGUUGUCGAAGGAAAUUAAGAGCCCGGUAAAAAGCAGGUUGAAUACAAACAGAGGAGAAGAAGGGGAGAUAGGGAGGAAUUACGUGCUCGACGGCACACGAGAGAUUGGCUCUCUCCGCCUGCGUUCGGUAAAUCCACGGGGAAAAUCUGUCCAAAGUGCUCGAGCGUGACGAGCGGCGAGAAAGUGCGCGCGCGUGUGUGCGCUCCUUGCUCUUUCAUACCUCAACAGUGUGUGAUUGUGUGUGUGCGCGAGUGUAACCACUGAUGCUGCAGAGGAGAUAGGAGAGAGAGCUUUUUUUUUUUUUUCUUCUCUCUCUGUCGUUGGCCGAUACCGUUAUAGGACCCGAGUGUAGGUGGACAUGGGCACUUUGGAGGGAAGACGGAAGAGGUGAGCCGGCUAUAUACGCACAGGACCGAGGGAGGAAAGAAGGAAUAAAGAAAAAUACAAGUCGACGAUGCUGACAAAGUGGCCGCGGAGCCGACAAGAGCGCCUAGAAAUAUGAGGAGCAUCCUUCUUGCUUUGAGCCUCCUGUUCGCCGGCUCGGCGAGGUGUCGCAGCGACGACGAGGAGCAGCACUUGGAGCACCAGCAGACCCUCGACAGGGGCCCCUACUUUGACCCGUCGGCCUCGCAAAAUGUCACCGCCCUCGUCGGCACGACGGCUCAGCUCAACUGCCGCGUGCACAAUUUGGGCGACCGCACGGUCUCGUGGGUGAGGCACCGUGACAUCCACCUGCUGACAGUGGGCACCGAGACUUACACGUCCGACCAGAGGUUCGUGGCGUCGCACUACCCGCGCACCGAGGACUGGACGCUCCAGGUCAAGUCGCCCCAGCAGCGCGACUCCGGGACUUACGAGUGCCAGGUCUCGACGACGCCGCCCAUCGGACACUCGAUGCACCUCUCCGUCGUCGAGCCUGUGACGAAGAUCCUGGGGGAUGCGGAGAUGUUCAUCGACCGGGGCAGCACGAUGAAUCUAACCUGCGUCGUACUGUUUAGCCCCGAGCCACCGAGAGCCAUCGUGUGGACGCACGACAAGCAGGAGAUCAAUUACGAUAGCCCGAGAGGCGGGGUGUCGGUGAUUACGGAGAAGGGCGAGCAGACGACUUCGUACCUCCUGAUUCAGCGGGCCCAGCCGGCCGACAGCGGAAAGUAUACCUGCCACCCGAGCAACGCCAACACAAAAACCGUCACGGUCCACGUGCUAAAUGGUGAGCACACGUCGGCGAUGCAACACGGCGGUCAGCUCCGGCUGAGCAAUCCACCCUUCGUAGUGAUGCUGGCAACGCUGCUCGCCUUUCGCAAUCAUCGCCACUGAGCCAACUCCGCGCGGACUCUCGCUGCCACUGCCCCAAGGGGAGGGCCAGCAGAUUGUUGCGCUGCGCAGGAGGGAGCUUGCGGUCGGUCCCUCCACCCACUAUCCUCGUCGGCCAUCGCGACAAUUUACCAAUAACAGUUUUUCGCGGUUUCCUCUCUUUUUUUCAUUUUUUUUUUUUUUUUUUCAGACCCGCAAUGAGAUUACGUUUGAGUUUUUUUUUUUUCGAUCCGGAUAUGAAGUUUUUUUUUCUCCGGUACCCUACGUAUGCCGAGCGCAGCUUGAGAACAGGCUAGUCUUGGUCCGCAGACGUGUGAGUCGCGUGUAACGUUCGAUCUCUUGAUUUUCUCGAUCGAGUACGAGAUCGCGGGAAAACAGAGCGGGUACGAAAAAGAAAGAAAAUAACAUAAAAAAAAAAAAAAAAAACAAAAGGGAAAAACAAUUUUUUACCGUUCCGAUGGGAUAUUAACGAAAAAGCGUGAAAAUAAACGAACCUUUGGUUGUUUCAUUUAAAUAUAUAUAUAUAUACAUGAUACGAAAAUAUUAUAUAUAUAUAUAUACAUGACUACGGUUGAUUCAUUGACUGUUAUUUAUUAUGUAAAAUCAAAUGAU